UCCUUCCAUAUAUUUUAUACUUAUCGUAGGGAGAAAAACCCGCGAAUUUCUGGGAGGAGUUAGCUUCGGAUUCGAGUUUGAUUCGCCCAUUGAUUCGCUCAUCGUAGACUUUCUCAUUCAAGCACAAUGGAGGAGGGAAAUCAAUCGCACACAGUCUCCGAUGACAGUAUCAAAGCUCUGGAUCUGGCCAGACAAGUCCGAUGCAUCGUAAAACUCGGUGGUGCCGCUAUUACUUGCAAAAAUGAAUUGGAGACGAUACAUGAAGAAAAUUUGGCGACGGUUUCGUCUCAUCUGAGGAAAACGAUGGUUAGUGGCUCUUCUUCUUCAAAGAUUAUUGGAAUGGAUUGGAGCAAGCGGCCUGGACAAUCCGACAUUGCAUCUAUUGCAGAUGAUUUCGGAGAACAGGAAGUUGGCCUUGCGAGCCCCUUUAUAGUUGUUCAUGGAGCUGGUUCUUUUGGCCACUUUCAGGCAAGUAAAUCAGGGGUUCAUAAAGGAGGACUUGGCAGAUCCUUGGUCAAGGCUGGAUUUGUUGCCACUCGUAUAUCUGUAACUUCGCUCAAUCUCCAAAUUGUUAGAGCACUAGCAAGAGAGGGUAUUCCAUCUGUUGGAAUGUCUCCAUUUUCAUGUGGAUGGUCCACUUGUGAAAGAAAUAUAGCUGCAGUUGAUUUACAUGGAGUUUCUAAAGCUAUUAACUUUGGAUUUGUUCCUGUUCUGCAUGGAGAUGCCGUUUUUGAUGAUUCCCUGGGGUGCACCAUAUUAAGCGGAGAUGUAAUAAUUCGACAUCUUGCAGAGCAUCUAAAGCCUGAUUAUGUUGUUUUCCUUACAGAUGUUUUAGGGGUUUAUGAUCGUCCUCCUUCAGAACCUAAUGCAGUCCUUCUGAGAGAGAUUGUUGUGGGUGAAGAUGGUCGUUGGUCUGUUUUACAACCUAUAAUGCACAACAGUAAUACAGAAGUUGAGAUAACUGUAGCUGCCCAUGAUACAACUGGGGGAAUGGUGACUAAGAUAUCCGAGGCGGCAAUGAUUGCAAAGCUUGGCAUUGAAGUCUACAUUGUAAAGGCGGCAACAGAUCACUCCUUGAGAGCCCUAAGUGGAAAAAUCCGAGGCAAAAUUCCUGAUGACUGGCUUGGGACGGUCAUCCGGUUUUCAAGAUAGAUCUUCAAUCAGGUACGUCCAGUGGAAUAUCUCAAGUUAUGAUCUAUUUCGUAAAUUACUGUGCUACAUUUCGGCACGAGAUGAGAAAACUCAAAAACUCGAUGUCUUAAGAUUAUAAUUAAGGAUUCAUGGUAUGAACCCCAUUAUGUCCAGGUACAUUUUUUGACAUUAAAGUUAGUCCAAUUAUUCAGCUGUCUGAUUGUUCCAAAACAGUUAUUGGAAUUCACUUGUAUCAGUUUCUGCAAUAGGACUUACCAAAACUCCCCCUACUUUGAUGAAAAUUGCUAAUGUUGCUUCUUAAA